CGUUAGCUUCUCCAUCAUCGUGUGGGUGGGUGGGUGAUGAUGAGGUUGAAUGUCGCCGUUCACAAACAUUUAACAUGGCAGCUAAUGUUAGCCAACGGUUACCGUGAAGCUCAUGCAGACAUGAAACCCGUCACGAUCGGUCGCGUUAACAGUUAAUAAGUAACGUUAGAAGUAAAGAGUUUCACAAUCAACCAUUUUUAUUUAUUGCAGUGAAGUUAGCAGACAGUUAAGCUAAAGUUGAGCUAAUGCUGAGUGGGUUCUGUGCCAUUAACAUCCCUGCUCUCGUUAGCUGUCAUGCUACAUUCAGCUCAGCACAUCCCAAAACAUCCACAUCUAGAUCCUCAUUAUUAUUAAACAUCCUCUUCAUUAUUAGCUUUUUCCAUUGUAUGCUCAUGUAUUUUGAAUGAACUCUAACUGAGUAACUUGACGUUACGCCCAAAUGAAAAAGUAGACUGAAGUUUUUUUUGUGAACCUGUUAAUGAAGUGAUAAAAACUUGACAUAUAAAUAUAAAUCAUUGUACUUUAAUCAAACAGUUUUUUAAAAUUGUAAUACUCCUGAUGAUCUGUAACCUCUGUAGGAAGCCCAGAAUAAUAAUAUUGAACUACUUUAGUACUGUCGGCAUGUAUUGCUCCAGUAUAGAUGUGAUGCCUUGUUGAGUGUGGUGGGUUUAAAACCAGUUUGAACCUUCCUGGGACCAGAAUGGAGGUAUCAAGGAGAAGAGUUUUCCAAAAACAUCUGGAGCCUGCGAGACCCCUGCGUCGCUGCUACGACAUCGAGCCCAGCAGACAUGCUGCUACAUGUGCUCAGGCGCUGAUGGAGGAAGUGGAUCGCCCGACAAACAUAGGCAUAGAGCAGUUCCUCCAGAUAGUCAACCUCCAAAAACCGAAACAAGGCAGAAUAUCUUACACAAGAGACUUUUUAAUUGCGUUGGCGAGUUCUCCUCAUUCCAGGGAGAAACCAGAGUUCUUGCCAGAGCACCCCAUAGUCUUAACUGAGGCAAGAGAGCCCGGGAACCUGAGGCUUCAUGAACUGACAUGGGUCCGUGGAAAAGAGGAAAUGGCUGCAGAGAGGAUUCCCUCACCUUAAAGACUUUGCACAGGCGUUUCCCCCAAAGAGUGUUUCUGUAUUUUCUUGUUGAACGUUAUUUAACGCUUUAUUUAACUUGUGACAUUUUGCAUUGCAUGUUUAUUAUUUAACUAUUUGAAGUGUUAAUACUAAACCCCACUUUAUUUGCUUAAGUAUGAGAAUUGCAUUUUUGCUUACAUUUUCUGCUGUGCAUGAUUUUGACUAUAGCAAAGUAUUAACAUUGUGUAGAAUUGUUCUAAAUGUAUUAAUGGAUGCUUUUCAAGAAACGAUGGGACGAGUCUAUCACUACUAUGGAGUCAUUAAAAAAAAGAAGUGAAGUGAUCGUAAUGAUGUUUUUGCUCAGCAUUGUGAUUUAACAUGUCUAAUUAAACAUGUUAAUUUCUUCUCUCAUAAA